AUGGAGCAAAAGGAGGCAAGAGAGCAUGCGGUCGAGCCGCUGCUUAGGGGCGAUGAGGCCCUGAAUUGCGCUUCGGAAGAAGAGUUCAAGGACGAUCGUAUAUUCGCUGGUUAUUUUUGCCGUUAUCCUCCCCAGGCUCCAGAGACAUGUCUUGCAGGAAGGAAAAGAAGGAAAUCGACCACAUCUUCCAUGUCAGUCCAUUUACCUAUCGAUCAACUCAAUCGGUCCUUUACUGACUUGUCGAAAGUACCGGAUAGACAAGGCCUGAAAUGGGAGUACCGUCGGUUCCCAACAAACAUCGUGAACAACCCCUUUGCCGGGCCUCCUCGUGAGGAGAUGGAGCAAGCAUGGCACAAGUUUCUGCGAAACGACAACAUCCGUGUUCCUAUCGGCUAUCUGAAGGAGAAGAACUUGACUUCAGUAUAUACCAAAGAUCACUCAGAGGGUAUCGCAUCACUGAGUGUAUAUCACUCUCUGCACUGCUUGAAAAAAGUCAAGCGCAUGAUGUUUAAAGAGCAUUAUUAUGCCAACAAGGACGAAGAGUCUAUGGCCCGCGAAAUAAAGCACGCCGACCACUGUGUGGAAUAUAUUCGGGAGUCCCUAAUGUGUCAGCCGGACCUAUCCCUCGUCACCUUCCGCUGGAUCAACAACACAGCCCAGCACGAGGACCCGACGGAGUUUUACCCGACAAAUUUUGAUAAAGAUAUGCACUAUUGCGCAAACUGGGAACAUCUUGACGGGUGGGCUGGAGAGCGAAUGUUUGAUCUGUUUAGAGUGGACUUGUUGGAUAGGCCGGAGAACAGUUCGGGUUGA